GGGUGGGACAUUUUGGUUUGAAUCCUUUCAAACUAGCUAAAAUUUCUAAAUUAGAAAUAUUUAUCUAUACAUCCUUUAAUCUAGGCAUACAGUUUAAUGAACAAAUAUAUUUGUCCCCAUUACCUUUUCUUAUUAGUGCUGAACUAUAUUUCCAUUUCAGUGAUGACAAGUGUGUCGGUUCAACUUGUGUAAAAAGGAUGAAUGAGCUGAAGUUGCAUGCAACAUUGUUUUUGCUGUCUGAAAGGGGUUUGAGAGCAUUCUGGAGGGAAUCUAUGGACCAUUACUUCUGAAAGACAUCAGUAUAUUUGAUGAUUGUGAACCAGAGGAGUUGGACAACUGGUCCAUGGAUGCCAGUUGCUCAUUCUGCACACUUCAGCUCGACAAACUCGGUGACCAUGUCCCUGCGGCCACUUCCCCCCUGUCCUCACCCUCAGAUGAGAUGCCUUCGCAGGCCCCAUCCUUCAUGGAAAGCAACCAAUCAGCACACAGGUUCCUUUACACUGUGUUCCACAAAAAAGAUGUACCUCAAUCCAGCUAUGACACCAACGUCCCUCUGGUGGCUAAGGAGCUGAUGAAGAAAAUGAUACAUCAGUUUGCCUUGGAGUAUGCCUCUAAGAGCCCCCUCUACACCACCAAGAAUGGCUACACUACUGCCUUGCUUCGACCUGGCCCCUCUGACCCAGAUGCUCCCCUGGACCUUACUGUAAGCAAGUACCAGGAGAACCAUGGGAAGGAACCUCAGCCAGAGGGUGUACUGGACCUCUCAAAGAGAACCUCUGCUCUCUCGGCCCCAUCAUCAUUGCCUACCAAUCAGAACUUGUCAGGCAUGCAGUUGCCAACCAAUUCUGAAGAAAUUCAGUGUGAAGCAGAAGAUGCCGGGAUGCUGGAAACCUUAAAUGGAUGCAAGUCUGCAUUGCAGACGGUUCUCCAAAUGCUCUGCCCUGUCCACCGCUCACUGCUGCAGCAAAUCUUAACAGUAGCAUUCCAGGAGCAUCGCGGGGCUUUUGUUUGCACCCAUCGCCAACUCACUCAGGCCGAAUCUUAUUGCUGCCAUGGGGAGCUGCAGGACAGCACUCCCCCUCCUUCAUCACCCUUCAACGAUAGCAAUUCCCACAGCAGAGCCCCUACCUAUUCCUCCAGUGACUGUAACGGUCUAACCAAUAGUCUAGCCACCUAUUUGUCAUUAGACUGUAAUUCCCAUAGUAGCGCUCCUCUCACCUUCAGUGACAUACAGGAUCCUUCAGUAAGUGGCUGCUGCUGUGUGCAGAGCUGCAGAAUGGCAGCCGACCCGGGUAGUCCUGUUUGUUUCUGCUUGAAGAGCCUCCAGUGCCUCCCCUGUCAAAGCCUGGCCGUUGGACGCAUCAACAAAGUGGUUUGCGCCUUCACGUCCUCCUCCUCUUCAUCCCCUUUGAGCCCUACCUCCAAAUUAUGUCCCACUUGCUCUGUGUGCCCUGCUUCAACUGUCUGCUGUAGUAGCUCUCACAACCCUCUGCCUUGCCCCUGCUGCUCGAAACAUACGUGUUUGGUUAGAGAUACAACAGAGGGAAGUAAAGAAGUAAGUGGAGGCAAAGAUCCCCAAUGUUCUGUUGUCCUAAUAAGGGAGACACCCCGUAGUCCCUCCCCGCCCCCGCUGUCUCCCAUCCCCUCAGACAUCAAUGGAAAGGCUGAGGAAAAGCCUCCCUCCCUUCUACACCACAGAGACGAAGGGGAAGAUGUCCAAGACCAUUAUGUGGAGAGCAACGGCCAACAAGGAGUGAUUGUAGAUGUGGAAAUCAUAAACUAUCCAGAGUGUAAAAUACCUGAGCAGAGUCAAGCAGAGCAGAACCAAAGUGGUAGUUUACUGCAGGAUGUGGUUGAUCGCUUCAGCGAGAAACUGGAGACAAUCAAACCUCAGGAAAAGGACCCUCCCCCCCUAACCUCAUUAUCCAGUCACAGCCUGGAAAAAGGGCUCAACUUGUGCUCCUUAUCCAAUCAGAGCCUGGAAUCGCAAAAAGAAGCCCACCUAAAUGAGAUCAUCACCACGUGUCUGUAUCAAGACAAAAAUAGCGAUUACAACCUCAGUGAUCUCUUUCACAGUCACGACAUCAACGCGAACCAAUCACCUAAGACACGUUUUCGCCGGCGACAAGAGGCACGUGCAGCCAUGACGAAGACGCCUGACCAGCCUUCUACCCGAAGACACACCCUAGAAAUCAAACGAGAGCUGGCGAGACUUGAUCCAAACAAUUGCUGGAGAAAGCGGUCUCUUGGAAGGAGUGGCAAAUCGAAAGAUGGCAGUGCUGUUGCAUCCCAUCCAAAUAACUCCUCCUGUGAGACAAGCCCUGUGAAAGAAGAAAUUGAGGGAAUCAGAAGGAAUAACAUUGCCCAAUUGGAGAAAAUGACACAGGACUGGGAGAAUACCAGAGUCAGAGAAGAGGAAGAGGUUGAGAAAAUCCCAAUUGGAGAGACAGACACUCUGACAGAGGAAAGAGGAAUAGAGAGGGGGACACAGAAUGUGGUGAAGAGCAACAUCAGUGAGGUGGUUGAAAUGAAGAAAGAAGAAGGACAGGGUAGGGGCGUCGCGGAGGAGGAAAGUAUAGAGAGAUUGAGGAAGGAGGCUCAAUGGAACCGGGUCACAUCAGAUGAAGGAAAGAAGAGCAGUGUAGUAGAGGAGGUAAAGACUGUGAUAGUCACAGAGGAGGUAAUAAUGGAGAUGCUUACAGAAGAUGAGGGAAAGGGGAUGGCCAAUAUGGAGGAGGGAACAUCUGUGGACAAUCAAAUGUCAUCAAUCACACUGCAGCAAAACACCAUAGCUGAAAUUGUGGUUAAGGAUGAAUCAGAAACACCAAGCGUUGACAAAGCCUGUGGCCAUUACUUGCCUGAAAUCCCGAGGACGGAUAAACAGCUUCUUACUCCAAGCCAUAACAAUGAUUCACUUACUAGAGCCAGUGGUCAGAGUAAAAGAGGUAGACCAGAAAGGAAAGAAGCGCCUAUGUCCAUUCAAGGAAAAUCAAGGAGAAACACAGUUCAGAGAUCCAGGAGACAAAUAGUUCCUCCACAGCGGUUUUCCUCGUAUGUCACAGAGCCAAGGAAAAUGUACUUUGCUGCUUGUUUCUCUGAGAGCAUCUUCAGCCAGAGAACAUUAAAGGGCAGGCGUCUUACUGACAAUGGGUCAGAUGCACCCUACUCACAAACAGCUAGCAAUAAUGUCCAUAAAGCCAGAGAAGAACCUCUGCAUUCCACACCUCAGCUUGAAAGACAGGAAAAUGAUAUGAAUGCCGGUGAGUGUCUGCUGGGAGAACGUCCAGGAAGACCCCCCAUUGUGCUAGUGUGCCAGAGUGUGCAAGUCACAGUACCCUCUGCUGAUAAGAGUUCACCAAAACACUCCUUGCAGAAAAGGACAGAUGUUAGGAAAAGUGUAGCGAGGCCUAAUGGACGACUACAAUCCUCACCAACAAAACGUCUAAAUUCAGAAUCCAAAUUAGGCAUUAAAUCUCCCAAGGACCAUUCAAAGCAAAAAGGAGACUUGACCUUGGACAACACCACUAUUUCUGCCAAAAGCCAAGACACCCAGUACAUCAGUCCAAUAAAACUUAUGUUUGUGUCUCCAGUGGGUGAAGAUGGUGUUAGAUACACUCUAAGGUCAGCAGCUUCUGGCUCCAAUGGACAGGGAGAGGAAACAUUUGACCCAUGUGAGUCGUCGUCAUGGGCUGGAACACCUGAAAAGACCAAGAGUCCACUUGUAGAGCAUAUUGCUUUACCGCCAAAGAGGAGUCCUACAAAAUCUGGAGAGGGUAGCCCACCUAAACAAGCUGUCAUCACUGACACUUACAGAUCAACUGACUCACUGAAUGGUAUUGGUGGUGAGAGGCAGGAGGGUCCCCUGCCUUUUCACGAAACCACGUCAAAGAGGCGUCCAGGGCGCCCCAAGAAGUUGGGUCCUCAACUGGAGAAAAGGGAGAAGAGGCCAAUUGGUAGGCCGCCAAAGCAGAAGUGUCUGGAUCAAGCAUGCGGCCCAGGAACUAAUGGGACCAGUGUUGUAAAUCCAAAAGGAGCUCCUGAACCGGAUAUGGAGGAUAAACUCAACAAGAACCUUAAAAUUACAGUGGUUUAUGGACGGUCAAGAAGAAGCAAGAGGCUUGUGUUAGAGGACUCAGGUCUCCUCCAGACAAGCAUGAUUGAGUCUCCUAUGGUUGUAAGCACAAAUGCCCACUUGGACAAAACAAAUGUGUUUCAGGACAAUAUUGUAAAGGAUGCUCCACCAAUAGUGGAAGAUUUAAAUUUUGUCAGGCCUGUGAAAGAUAGAAAGGAGGCCCCUCACUCCAGCAGCAACAUCAAAUGUCAAAAGCUUAAAGGUGCAGUACCUAUGAGAAAACCAGGGAGACCUGCUAAAGUCAAGAUUUCUGGAAUAUCAAUCACUGUAACCACAGUUUCCCCCAGGCAACGCAAGAUCCACAUAAACAGGGAUGCCAGAGAAUCUCCACAGAGAAUCCGUAAAAAGCUCCUGCCAGAGUUCCAGCCUUCCAAAGAUCCUAAGACAAUCAGUGUUCAAACAAGCAACGACGGCACUCAAACAGAAAAUAAGGAAGACUCUAAGGACAAUAGGAAAGAGCGUCCUGUACCUGUCCGUCAUUCUGUAAGAGUGAGGAAGCCCUCUGUUUAUUUGCUGCACUCUGUUGCCACGUCUAGGUCAUACAGCCACAGUACAGCUUUAUUGCGGCGUUCCAGACAGCUCUUACUAAACAAAGCCAGCAGCCAGAGGAAGCAGGAGGAAGCUCAGGGGGGAGGGGAGACCUCUGGGGAGAAACCGCAUCUAUUUGUGCAGGCUGGGAAAUGGAAUGAAAGAAAACAGGUGUGUCAAGAUUUGAGCCAUGUGGCAGGGGUGUCCAUGGACUCUAUAUUCCCCCAAAGUGGUACUUUAAAAUGGUGGGCAGUGUCAACCCAGGAAAGGACCCUGAGCCAAGAGCUGGCACGGAGGAUACGUCUAGUCUCUGAAACCUGGAUCUCUGACACCCAUAGUAACCAGGAAAGGACAUCUUUGAAAACCAGGGUGUCUGUGAAAGCUUCCGCUACAUGUCCAAAAAGGCCAGAGCCCAUUUCCAUGGUCAGGAUGCUGUUCGACUGUCCUCCUACCAAGCCAAGGUCCUGUAGCAUGGGCCAGCUUUGUUCCUGGUUUAUGCAGACUACAGAAACACAGUCCUUGGCCAUUGUCAAAAAGGCAAGCACUCGAAACCCUUACGAGGUUAUGCACUAUCCCCGUGUUACCAACAGGGGGAGCGUUUCCCCAAGCCCACAGGCUGAGAGACUGCGCAAACAUGUCAAAAAGUUUGCUACGGCAGUUCCUAAGAGUCCAACCCAACACCGACAAGCACAGGAAAGAUUAUGGUAUAGGAGCAGGCGGAUUGUCAAACACCAACUCUUUGCUUCAACAGUUGCUCCUGGGAGGUUAUGUCAGAGAGCACGGUGGUGGAAGGCAAGAGGAAUGGGAAAUUACCUGUCCAAUCUGCUUAGAGUGAAGUCAAAGUUUCUGACCAGGAGAGAAAGAGUCAAUAGGCCAAAAAGACUAACAAAUCACAUGAGACUGGUUAAGCGAGGGAUCCCUGCAAACAAAUUCCCUGAGCAGGUGAAGUUCUCUUUAAAGUCCAGUGAGAAACCAUUCUCUUCAACUGCAACAGAUCAUUCUUUUGAUGAUUUAGAGAACAUUUGGCCUGUUAGUCCUGCUCACUUGACUGAAGAAAUGGCGGAUAUUCCGAAAGCGCAGCGACUCAGCUCUAAAGCAUGGAGCCCAGAGACAUUGAAAGAAUGCAAAGUAUUCUUAAAGAAGAUCAACUCUCCAGACACAGAGUCCACCGCUGAAGAGGACUGGGACACUUGUACUGUGAUGUUAGAUGAUGGCUCUCCUUCCGCGUACUGCCCUAAUGGAGGGAGAGUGGAGGGUAGAGAAAGGGAGGAGGACAAUAAAGCUGUGAAAACGCAAAGAAAGAAGAGAAUGAAAAAGAGGACAAAGACAAAGGAGUCAGAUUGCUCCUCACUAAAUGAGAUGGAUCCGCAUGGUGUGGGGGCAGGCAUAAGGAAAGGCAAGCAGAGAAGCUUCGAAAAAGUCGCCAGUGAAUCACUGCUUCCAUCACCAGCAAAGUUGAUAAGACAGUCCCGGGGAAGGGGCCUAACCGGGCUGAGAUGGCGUGACUUUGUAGCAGCUCGAAGUGAAGCUAUACUCCUCCAUCCUUUAGUGACUGCGGUAAACCGGGUGCCUUCAGACAUUCAGACAACCAGAGACUGCCGUUCUCCCCCCAGUCUCGCACCCAGCAAUUAUGUAGCAGAAGCCUAACUUAACGAAAAAGCUUGAGGUUGCACUAUUUUUAAUGUUCUGUUUCCCGUCCUGCUUCUUAAGUCAGUGGAUGUCUACAGAUCCCCCCUCCCCCCCAACACACCUUUCAGUUUGUAUGAAACAUCCUACCACAGCUAAAUCCUCAGUGUAAACAGUAGUUUGAUAGAAUCAAAAGCACUUCGUUUGCCCAUUCAGAGCGGCCAUAUUUAAUGAAGGACAAAUGUUAAUGUUAUUUUUUGUGAGGGAUUGCCCCCUCCCACCCCCCCUCUUUAUAUACCUCAUUAUAAUUCGACUCUGUUUUCGCUAGGAGGUUGUCAUAUAGCUUUAGUUCUAGGGCAGUGUUUUUUGGAACAAUGCCCUGCUAGAGUUGAGUAGCCUUGCCUGCAACAACAUCUGAAAUAUCUUUAUAAACUCAGAACUCCUGACCUCACUCAAUAUCAAGUAUUGUGUGAACAUUCAUUUACUAAGCCUAAUCUGUGAGCUGUCAAAUGCAUUAAAGUGUAAUACUUUUUUUUAUAUAACUAAUUCUCAUCAGGCCUCAGAGUAUACUUAGGUACUAUAUGACGUGAUGCAGUGGUUAGCUUAUAGAAUGUUUGUAGCGAGAGUAUUUUGACGAUAAUUCUGUUUUCACCCAAAGCAUUAAUACACAUGUCAUCAAGCCUGUCUGUUGCACUAUCCCAAACAGAGAUUGUUAACCCUGUAGCUCCUCCUAUCCCCUUUGAUGCACAUCCUUAGUUCCCCCUCCCUGUUGUAAAUCUAGUUCCUAUUAGGUGCAAUACGUUUAUCACAAAUCGUUAAAUCUAUAUAUUAGAACAAUGCUACUUUUCUUGUUGACGUUCUGAAGACUGGCUGAUAUGGAUCUUAAGUCACAUUGCAGUAUCACUUUUUUGUAUGUUUGUAUGCAGGUAUGUGUGUAUGAGUCUAAGGGAGUAAAUAUACUCAUAUGGAGUUAUUCUGUCUUCAGAUUCUUUGACAGCGAUACUGUAUUUACCUGGUUAGCUGACAGAUACAUUGUCUUGGGUUUGAAAAGCAGCUGUCCAACCUGACCCCAGGAUCUGUCUCGUGGGUUAUGGGGCCCCACAGCAUGUGUGCCUGUUGUAAGUCAUUCUGUGAUUGCUAUUUCAACAUGGGAGGAGGGCCUCUGUCAAGUCAACUAUACAACCAUACUCCCUCAGUUGAAGUACUUGGUGCUAUGUAUACUUGCUGUUAUGUUUUCUCUUAAGUGUUUUUAUAUUUGCCCCUACAGAUGUAACAGAGACUGUCACUAGAACAAUAAAGAUUCUUUUGUUAUAUA